ACUAGUUCAGAUGCGAGAAAAAGGCAAACGGUAAUGAAUCAAGUUAGCAGUUUAGCGGUCAAUAGCCAGGUGCAUCAGAGAUUCACCUGUCCUGCCUAAACGGGGUUCGUGCGACAUUCGGUUAGAUGCAGCGCGGUGGGCUUUUGCGGGCCCCUAGCGUGCGAAUUUGAUUGAUUUGGUGAUGGUUUCAAAUGCAACGCGCAAUUUUGGAGCCACAGUGGGGCGCGACCCAAAAGGGUACGCAGUGAAUUAAAACGAAACGGAUUGCGCAUCGCGGGAAAAGUCUAUAUAAAAGUUGGAGUCGCUCGAAUCAUCGAGUUAUUCGUUGAAAGUGACUGUUUCGAGGCAAUUUUAAAUUUUAGUGAAUUACUUAGCCAAGAUGCAAGUCAUCUUGACGCUACUCUUUGUGAUACCAUGGAUUGCCUGCGAAAAAAACAUUUCUGCAGGUUCGAUUCAUGGAAAUCCCGCGCAUGUAACCUAUGUGGAAGGAACAGCACCUCCGGAGUUGGUAGCAGGACCUGCGUCGCGCAGAUCCAAAACCUCUCCUUCCUCAACGGUAAGCCCAAUCGCAAAUGGGGCAGAAUACCAAACAACGCCGAAGAUAUUAAAUUACUUACUUCAGAUAUUCAGCGCAUCAAUUUCCACGGAUGAUGAGAGGACAAAUGGCUACCAAUUGAGUAGAGGCGCAGUGAAGUAUUCCCCAACGGAGGCAUCUAGUACAAGUUCGUCCACGGAGACGGCAACAACAUUCCAUCCAAUAACAGUAACGGCUACACUCCCGAAAAUUCACCCGGUCCACAUUGAAGUGUACGAAACCACUCCAAAUUCGAGAUUGCUUUACAGUUCCUCUACUCCGGUUGCAUCUCCUGCCAAUCAUCAACACCAACAAAGUCCAAAUUCUAGCAAUGGCAUCCCCCAGACAAGCGUGUCGAAUAGUUAUUCGAAAAUCACUCGCCAGCCUGAAACACAAAGGAGUCCAGCUUACUCAAUAUCCUUUGGCGUUCCUGUUCGGGCUAAGCCUAUUUCAGUUUUAAACAGACAAGCCUCAACCACCGCUCAACCGAAAACAGCGACAUCAGCUGAUGCGAGGAGUGCAGCAAUUAUUGACGAAGGCUCUGUAGUGGAAUCACAGGCAGUUGAACUUGUUUCUUCAACCGUAGUACCUCAUGUGGAAUACGCUCCUGUAGUAGUUGACGUGCCAGUUUCCCCAAUUGAGAGUCAUCAUAGUAUAGUUCAGAAGACCAUACACGAAGCACAUCCUGCAGUCAAAACACGAAAAAUUGAAGUACGCCGUCCUGCAAUACGUAAACAAUUCUAUGAUGUUGAAGAGCGUAUAAUCAUUAGGCCAGCUGGAAGUGUAUUACUUGAACUUGAUCAUCCUGUGGCAAGCUCUCAGACUGGCGGGAGUAUAACACCAUAUUCUGCCGUUUUUAAUGGAACUCAUAGCGAAACUGACUUUAGCAAAAAUAGUGAGUUAAUAGGCUAUCAGAAUUACCACACUCAAGAGACAAAUCCAUCUGUGAAACUUAGCCAGAAUCAUCCAAAUAUUGAUACUGGUUUUACAGGUCAGAAUCAUCAAAAAAUGCCUGGGCAUUUAGAACCUAAUCAGGGUCAUAAUAACCAGCCACCGUCAACAUAUCCAAGUACUACAGAGCAUUCACAAAAUCACCCAGGUCACGAUUCUCCACACAAUUAUCAUAACCAAGGCCAUCCGAAUCCAUCUAAUGCAGUACACUUUAGGGCGGAAAAUCGACGUCAUCAAAACUAUCAAAUACCACAACCAUAUGAAGGUUACCAACGACCAUCUGGAAUUCACGAAUCUAAUCAACCUUAUCAGCGUCGAACUAUCCAAACCAGUCCGGGAGUUUCUAAGCCGAUUCCUAUUCCCGAUGACCAGGCACCAUAUGAAAGGCGCUUUAUUCAAACCAGUCCAGGAGUUUCUAAGCCUAUUCCAGUUGAAAACUUUGAAGCUCAUUAUGAUUCCCGGAAACCUUAUAGACCACCAUAUAAUCAUCAGCAUGUAAAUUAUCAACGCUACCAGAAGACGGGUGACAGCAGCAUAAGACACCAUGAGCCCAACCAAACCCAUUCAAGUAUUAGCGGGCAUCAAAGUGCACGAUAUCAAGAGGACAUUAUUUAUUUGCAAGCUCCAACUCAACUCGGGCCAGGUUAUGAAGGUAGUCAUGUAAUAUAUACACCUACGCCAACUUACCAGAGCCCAACCUACCGUACUAGCACCGAGCCAUAUCAGCCUACCACACUACCCUCUAAACCAAGUUCUCACGAUUAUAAUAACGAGGGAGAUAUUUACUCACAUAUACCAAGUAGUCCAGGAUCAAGUAGCACGAGCACAUUUCACACCACCCCAAACUAUCAAAACCAAGAUCAUCUUAGGGUAAGGGGAAACACUCACCAUCGAAUGAUAGAUGGUGCAGGUAAACCGACAAAUCAGCCUGCUCUAGAAACGACUACACAGGAGUAUUGGCCAUCAUUUGGAACUGGUGUGCCUUAUGGUGAUUAUGGGGAGUAUCAUCCCGAAAGUAAUUAUCAUGAUGGUAAAAAUUCUUAUUCGAAUUCCCCCAAAGAAGCCAACAUCAAUACCAUACCAUACCCUGAACAAAACUACCAUGGAGGAAGUGGUUACAAUCCUACAUAUCAACCGCCGGUAGGAACCCAGCCACCAGUGUAUUAUAAAUACCACCCGCAAGAACCUACGUAUUUUCCAAAAGUGGAUUAUUUGAAAGAAGAUCCUGGGCUUCCACAAGAUCAUUCGCAACAUAGCGCAGCUACUUCUAAGCCAACGCCUUCCUUCCGACCAACAACCCAACGAUCGAAUAGCCCCAAGGAUGACGAAGACACAGUUGUUGUUGAAGCGAAACAUAUUAACGAUGAAGAUGCAGCCAGCGUGAGAACUGUCCACCAGCAACCCAGUCAAUCAAGGCACUUUAGUAAUAGUGACCAUAAAGGUCCCACGGAAGAUCAGCGGCAAUAUCUUUUCCAAGCAGAAGAGCGAAGUAAACAAGAGGCACCAACACCGAUGUAUUCUCGACAGCAGCAUAGCGGAAACCAACGGUAUGAGAAUAGAGUAAGGCAAAAUAUUCAAUCCAGUACGCCAAAAGUGCAGUACCAGGAAUAUUUCCAAGCACGACAAUACCCAGCUCACACCAAUAAUGUGAUGUCUUCUACGCAAGCUUCAACUAGUUUUGAAGUCGAGAGAAAUCCUUCAAAUCAUGCUCAAAAUUAUCAAGAACAAUACCAGCGAAGACACAAUCAUUUAAAUGAAAAUCACCAAAACGGAUUGGUAUCCACAACUACGAGCAUUCCCCUCCAAAGUCAAAACUAUCAUGAGGAGCAGCUGUUCAGAGAAAAUCAUUCAUUUGCGCGGUCUAGCUUAGAUUCCCAUCAAAAUGCUCAUGUCGUGAGUGAUAGUCCAUUGAAAACUCCGCAACCACCAGUUGAAUUUAAGACGAAUCCCAGAACUGUUGCAUCGGAUCAAAUCGGCCUAGGCGCAAGAAUCCCAGCGGAACAUUCUGCGAACCUACCGUUCCCGCAAAACUUUACUAGAACAUCUCAAAUUUUCGGAAAUUCAAAGCCGUCCUCCUCAUCUAAGAAACAGCUUCCAGCCCCUGCCCGUCCUACGUCUCACGAUAUUUCCUUCCGGAACAAUUCACCAACCCCGCGAUUGGUAGCAAUUGGACAACCAGAUUUUCGUUAUCCACCUUAUGUUGAAGCACGAUCACGAGGCACUCCACCAGGAACCCACAGCAAUUACGAAGUGACCGAACCGCAGGAAUCUGAUUUUGAAAGUCGUAAUAGUGCUCCAUCCGGAAGGAACGCGCCCACUAUCACUGGCAACGAAGCAGCAUUUCCUGCAGUCACUCCAAGCCCACAGCUCACGCCCGAACAGUCAAAUGCUAAUCAAAAACAUUUCAUCGAUUUACUUUUUGCACAUGGAAAAGUAUCUGAAAUAGGAUUCGGCCCCACUGACUCGCCCCUCGCCGUGGAAUUACCUGGAAAUGGUUAUAUUCGAGGAAGAGUCAUAGCCGCUACUCCUGCGCCACCCAACGCACCAACAAGCGAAACGAUUCAUACAAGACGAAUCAUCGUGUCCCACCCUUUUGAGACAAUUCAAGAGGUUGAGAUCAAGGAGCCGAUAUCCAAGAUUGAGGAAGUCCACUUCAAUGAGCCUACAGUUUUGCAUAGAGUGCCAGUUGGUGCUCAUAGUGGACAUCAUUCUUGAGAUGAAUCAUCCCAGUGGCUUUGACUACAGCAUACUCCUUAGCAGCUGUUAAGAAAAGGACUCGUCCAGAAGUCUGAUUAGCAAUUACCCUUGCCUUUAUUGCAUUGUCAGUUUCCUAAGGAACUGACGAUUUAGGUAGACCUUUAAAUUUGUUUAUAAAAUAAAUGAAAAUGUAUUAAUU